GAGAAGCCAAAGGAUCGACCACAAACAUUCCCUGAGAGAAAAAAAAGGCUUUGUCUUGCUCGCUUCGCACGUGAGAGAAACCUUCGCCGAGAGGGCGCAGAGUGUCAAAUCGAAGGGUGCCACUUGUCGAAUCGAAGAACCCCCAACUCGAAUCGCAUAGCUCGCUUAGCCUUUGUGGACUCCGAUAGUCAAAAUUCACUUCUGGCUCUUCGUCUCCGGAGCUGAUAAGCGGGUUCGGAAGGUGAGGGUUUUGGUGGUCGGAGAGAGAGAGAGAAUGGGAAGGGGGAAGGUACAGCUGAAGCGAAUCGAGGACAAGAUCAGCCGGCAAGUGACGUUCUCGAAGCGGAAGGGCGGGCUGAUGAAGAAGGCUAACGAGCUUGCCGUGCUCUGCGACGUGGAGGUCGCGCUACUGAUCUUCUCCGACCGAGGCAGGCUCUACGAGUUCUGUAGUGCAGAGAGUCUAGAAGAAAUUCUUGAGCGUUACAGGAUACACGUAGAUGAAGAAGCUGCUGUCUGCAGGAGAGCUGAACUAGAAAAGCAGAAUCUUCCCGAGUGUACUGAUCUUCGGACAAGUGCAAACCCACUGCAAAUGAUUCAAAGGCACCUUGACGCGCAAAACAUUGAACAGAAAAACAUAACAGAGCUGACAGAACUGGAGAAAGAACUGGAUGCCAUAUUAAGACAAACCAGAUACAGAAAGACACAGCUACUGAUGGAAGCUGCAAAAGCAGUCCAGGAAGGGGAAAAGCAGCCGAGGAAAGAGAAGACUUUCAUGGAAGAGGAGGUGGCAGAAAUGAGUGAGAACCUCGACAAUCACUAUAAUCGUCCUCUGGAACCGGAGUCCAACUCCAAUUCUAACGACCCUCCACUGAGUCCACUCCAAGAGACCCUGCUUCACUUGUUUUAGAACUUUUAAAUAAACAGCAGCCCUGUGGCCUCAAAAGCACAAAAAGUGCCGUUGCUUUUCUCUCCAUUUACAGUUUUUCUCCCAAGCUGAAAACUUUGGAAUGUUUAUUAUGUCCCUGCUGCAAAUCACCUGAACUUAAUAAAAUAGUCGUAUGUAUCUGUACAGCCUAGUUCGGGCACUUACUAGUAGUUGCCUACCAUCAAUGUCCAUAUGUAGCUUCUUCGCCAGGUGGCAAAUUGUGGAGAAUUACGUGUCAAUGUCGUAGCAUAUACCCGUAUAUGUUGCUGCAUGCAGAGUGGCACAUCCAGCUGUUAGCUGGGGUUUCUCUUAUUGGACCGCCUUCAUCUCUCUUGUAUUCUGUUGUUGUGAUACUAUAACAAUGUAAUAAUACCUUCGUCUAUGCAGUAUGAUAUAUAAUAUAUGCAGUGCUUGCAAUUUA